CAUUCUUCAUCCCUCACUGUCAACUGUUCAUCUCUGCUCAUCUCUAUUGAUCUCGGAUCCCAGCCUGAUUCAUCACGGAAGAAGGCAGCCAAAUCUGCAACAUGAGAGGCGAGGUUUGCCAUAUUCACAUCGGCCAGGCAGGUAUCCAGCUGGGUAACAGUGCCUGGGAGCUAUAUCUCCUCGAACAUGGUCUCAAGGCAGACGGUCACCUAAAUCCCGAUGCCGUUGAUGAGACCAGAUCCGCGGGCUCUUUCGAAACGUUCUUCAGCGAAUCCAGCAACGGAAAAUAUGUCCCUCGCUCGAUAUUUGUCGAUCUUGAUCCAUCGCCCGUUGACGAGGUUCGCACUGGGCAAUAUCGCCAGCUGUUUCACCCUGAAACCCUGAUCAAUGGCAAGGAGGAUGCUGCUAACAACUAUGCACGUGGACACUACACCAUUGGGAAAGAAAUGGUUGAAGAAGUCGCCGACCGCGUUCGUCGUGUUGCUGAUAACUGCUCCUCGCUUCAGGGCUUUCUAGUAUUUCAUUCCUUUGGCGGCGGUACUGGCUCUGGCUUCGGUGCCUUGUUGCUGGAGCGCCUUUCGACCGAGUACGGCAAGAAAUCGAAGCUUGAGUUCGCCAUUUACCCUUCACCUCGCGUCUCAACUGCAGUUGUCGAGCCAUACAACGCGGUCCUGUCGACACAUAGCACCAUCGAGAACGCUGACUGCACUUUCUUGGUUGAUAACGAGGCUGUCUACGAGAUUUGUCGCCGCAACCUGGAUAUCCCGCGUCCCGGCUACGACCACCUCAACCGCCUCAUUGCUCAGGUAGUGAGCUCGAUUACUUCCAGUCUUCGCUUCGAGGGCGCCCUCAAUGUCGAUUUGGCCGAAUUCCAGACCAACCUGGUGCCUUUCCCUCGCAUUCACUAUCCAUUGAUCUCAUUUGCACCUGUGGUUUCGAGCAACCGCAGCUCGCACGAGAGCUUUAAAGUUCAGGAUCUGACCUUCCAGUGCAUCGAGCCCCAUAACCAAAUGGUUGUUUGCGACCCGCGGAAGGGCAAGUAUAUGGCGGUUGCUUUGUUGUACCGUGGUGAUGUUAUCCCGCGCGACUGUAACCAGGCUAUUGCCGCCGUCAAAGCCAAGAAUACAUUCCACCUGGUCGAAUGGUGCCCUACAGGGUUCAAAUUGGGCAUCAAUUUUCAGAAACCCAUGCGCGUUCCUAACAGCGAGCUCGCUCCUGUUGAUCGGUCGGUCAGCAUGCUCGCGAAUACUACUUCAAUUGCCGAAGCAUGGAGCCGCUUGGAUCAUAAGUUCGAUCUGAUGUAUGCCAAGCGCGCGUUUGUUCACUGGUACGUGGGUGAGGGUAUGGAAGAAGGUGAAUUCUCCGAAGCCCGCGAAGAUUUGGCUGCGCUGGAGAAGGACUACGAGGAGGUUGCCGGCGACAGCCUGGAAACCGAAGACCUGGACGCAGAGUACUGAGGGUUCUUCGCGUUCUGCUUUGAUUGUCUUUGCGUUCUGGUUUGCCAAAUGCUUUGUUUUCGUUUUUAGCGUGUGACACCCCCUCCUGUUUUUGUUUUCCUCAGCCCCAUCUUGACCGUUCCUGCUUUUGCCUCGUUUGGCUUCAAUUAUUUUGGCCAAGAGAGUUCAGAAGAAAAAGCUAGAGGUGCUCUGGGAUUUGUAAUGCUGGAAUGAGUUUGCGGUCCGAAUACGGCCAGGAUGGAUUGUGAAUGAAGUCUAGUAGGUCGUUGAAUAAUUUACAAGAUGCUUUUCUAAAAA